AUGAUGUUUCGGGCUUUGCCUUUUUGGGGGAAGACCCAAGAUGAGACGCUGGAGCAGACUCGGCGCGGUGAGGCGGAGAUUCCCGAGUUGAAUGACGAGCGAUGGCGUGCAGUUGUCUCUCUGGUAUUGCGGAUGAUGUCCAAGGAGGCCCAGGAUCGGCCGAGCGCCCUGGCUUGCUUCAAGGAGCUGACGGAGCUGGAGCCUCUGGUGACAAAAAGCGGAAAGUCUCGCGCCCUCCGGAUCGCCGAGGCUGCCUUAGUGCACUAUGGCUAUGUGGAUGCAGCUGAAGAUUGCAGCUUGGAGGAGUUUUGCGAAAGCGCUGCACCGGAGGUGGAGGAUGCUUCGCCACCGGUUGCUGCACCCAAAGCCUCCUUGCUGAGCGGAGUUGGUCGAAUGCUGACCGCGGCGAAGGCUGCCGUGCAUGCGCCCAGGGUCCGGCAAAUGGUGUCCAAGGCUUUUCGGAGGAGUGCUCAUGCAUCCGAGGUGGUGUCAAAAGUGUCGGGGCCGGAGAAUGAAUCUCAAAGCUGCGAUGGGCAUUGCCUCGCCGAGGCCUACGGCUUGAUGCUAGGCGGGGAUGCGGAAGGAGCAGAGGUGACGGGAGUUGUUCCGAAAGCAACGGACACGCUCCCCGGUCUUGUGGUCUCCAAUGCAGAACCAGCGAAAAACCAGGGAGAGCAAGAUGAUCGAGAUGCAGCCGAGUGCGGCUCGACCAUCGUCGCGGAGUCCGAGAAGGACGAAAAGCAGCGCGGCAGAGCGACCAGUUCCAGUAUCGUGCUUGACUUUCCCGGCAAGGCUGCUGAGGAUCUGGAUCUUCUCCUGGAGGAAGAUGACCUGGACGGUGCAUCAUCAGUUCUUCCGCCAACAGACGGUGCAAAACUACCUCAUCCGCCCACAGACCAGGAUGAAGCAUCUUGGCAGUCUCACUCCGCACCACCACCGUGCGACUGCCCAGAGGUGUUGUCAGGUCAUCAACAGUGCGACUUGCGCCGGUUCAACAAACACGUGAGCGAGUCGCCCGACGAGUCGCAAGAAGAAGGAGACGCUUUUGAGUUUGCGCCCGUAGUCAGUGACGAGCUUGAGUAA